GCGUCCAAAAUGAUAAUUUAUUUCCAAAAUUUAGGAAAGUCAUCGUUUGAAACAAACGCCUAUUGUUCUUGACAUUUGCAUAAAAAUGAGCGGAAAGAAAGAGGGGGCGCAAUUUAAAUUUGUUCGCAAGGUCAUAGGUCCAUUGACUUUCCGACGUAGAUCAGCCCUUCGACUGCGAGGGGGCGGCGGCAGUAAAAGACACGUGGGGGACCUUGACGAAAAGGUACAAUCGGCGCUGCGAAUUUACCCGGCAUCGUCGACGCUGAUACAGAAGAGCAUUAGCAAAUUCAUCGAGGACCACCACGAGCACGAUGCCGACAGUUGGACUUGGGAAUCGUACACGCCCGAGGAGUCCAUCAAGGAGGAGGAACGCGAGAAAGCGAAAAAGUCGAAGAAGGGAAAGAAGGCCGCCGAGACCUCGCCGGCGAUCGACAACGAUGAAGGCAAGAAGAAGAAGAAAGAGGCGCUGACCGCCGCCGAGUUGCGAUUGGCCGAACAGGCCGCGCGCGAGGAGGAGGAGGCCGAGCGGUUGCGGUUGAAGCAGGAGCAAAAGAUCGCGGCGGAAAAGGAGAAGAAGGAGACGGCGGAGCAGGCACUUAGGACCGAGCAGUUGCAGUCGUCUUUGCACUUGAUCGACACGAUUUCGAAACGCUACGUCGAGGCGGGAUGGAAGCAACGGGACGAAAUUGAGUGGGUCCAGUAUUUGAAGUGCGACGGUUUGCCCAACCCCUGCCUGUGCGGCCAGAUGAGCACUUACUUGCAACUGUGGGACGAGACCAUCGAGAACACCACCAUGGAACAGGCAACGUCACGCACAAGCGAGGUGCUGAAACUCUUGGAGGAGUUGACCAACUUCGUCGACAAUCCUUUGGGCGCCUCGAGUAGAAAAAUUGAAAAUUGGCGCUGGAUCUGCGGUUUGUUCCGCGAACGGCAGCAGAGAAGCUUGGACAUCGCCUCGUAUAGGAUUCUGCGAGAUAUCUCCAACAAGAUGAAUAACAUUCAGUUGGUCAAGGCGGAUUUUAAUAUUGUCGAGGAGCAGUUCACGAUCUGCCUGUGGACUAUGGUCUCAGUGCCUAAGUCGUACCCCAAUCCUCGCGCACCUCCAAGGCCCCGAGUCGAAGUGGCGUUCCCUCAACUCAAAAUGAACGUGCUCCUUCCAGCGAUAAUCGACUGCUACCUUUUGGCGUUACGUACCAUGUACGUGAAGUACGACCACCUCAGCGAUUCCUGUGCUAGUUAUCACGAACCUGAAAUUCCGGACGCGUACAGUGAAAAUAUCUACCACAGCACCCUCAACGAGUGGUAUUCGAAGCUGAUUUACAAGUACGAGCAAUAUCGUGUGAUAAAAAAAGCUGAAGGUGUAUCUGUGCCGAAGCAGGAAUACGAUCGGGAAGCCGGCAUCAUGCCGCAGGUGCCUUACGCCAGGAUGCCGGUCUCGCCGAGUACUCACAUAAUCUCCGAGGAAGAUGUGCUUUACGGCGAACUUCGCCAGAGCUUUAUCACAACUGUGGAACCAAACGUAGUUAACCUACGCAAGCACAUUAUCCUCGGCGGAAUCUUCUUCGUAGAACUCUACUUUCAACCCCCCCAACCCCAACUACUCGUCUCUAUGGAAAUGUCCAUUACACGAUUACUGGUACCGAAGUUCUUGAAAGAGGUAAAGUUUCGCGUUCCCUACAAAGCUCCCGCGCCUGCGCCCGCACCGAGCUCCACCACCGCCGGCGGCCAACGGAGCGAUCCGUCCGAGCUCGAGGCCGAAAACAAGAAGCUCGAGGCCGAAAUGGACAAGCUCAUCUUCGUCUCGCUCGACCUUCCCGAUCACGUCAUGUGGCUCGACACGCCCUUCGUGUGCCAAUGGCAGCGGGACAGGAACGUCUGGUCGACCGUCGACAUUCACGACUUUAAGUACCUCGAGGAGAGCGCCUCGGUGACGUUCCGUACGACGUCGUUCGGCUGUUUCGCGUUCGCGCUCAAUCGUCACACGAACCUGCCGUUCCAAACUUGGGACCUCAAACCGGAACUGAAGUUAGGAAAUCGCGCCAUCUGGCGGUCUUUAACGGUACACUUUUUCAGCGGAUCUGUCACCUUGCAACUUACCUCCGCCAUUUUGGUGAUCGACUUCAAUAUACUGGGCGAUGACAUUACCGUAGCGCAGAUGCAAAAUGCACCGAAUCAGGCAUUCAAGCCGUACUUGGGGAAGUAUUUUAAGCUGCCGAAGCUGAAGAGGAUCUUACUGGAGUUAGGUGUAGAUGUUUUCCCAUGCUUCGACGCAUUUUGCUACGUAAAAGAGUCGUGCGAGAAGCAUUGGCCUAUGGAAAAGCACGCCUACUACCAGAUGGCGCAGCUGAGCUGCUGUUACAAUUUCGCUUGGUCGCGAUGGAAUAGUGUUGUCGGACGGCGCGGCGUUAUAAUGCAGAUGCGCGAGUACAAACCGGAGAGGAAUAAGCAAGUUCCGUACUCGAUGCUGCAUAUCACACCGUUGAAGGCGGAGAUUAUUACGUGCACCGAAGUUAGCCCCGCCUUUUUGCCCGAACCUGCCGAAGGAAUGCUCUUUUAUGCAGAUUUGUACUCGCUCUUUAAGGGAACGUGCAGCAUGAUACAAAGGACGAAAGUACAAAAUACCUCUCCUCUUUUAAUUGGAACCGUCUCCGAGCUUCUACGGUCUACCCGAGUUUUGAGUUUCUCAUAGCGACACCUUGCAGUAAAUAACUGUACUCGCAACUACACGAAGCAAUUAACACUCUACCAAAUUAUAA